GUGUAACAUUUUCGACAACAUUCAGCAAGCAUACCCGUGACUGCUGACAAAUGUUUACAUUUUAUAAGAAAGAACCAUUACGACAAUUUGAAUAUUUAAUUUCGAGUGAUUGACUUGAAUUUAAAGAGGAAAAUGCUGUCUAAGCCAAAGACUUGGAUCACUGGCUCAUCGUGGAAAGCGAAGGAUAAGCAUUCACUUGAAAAUCUCAAACUGAUUUACAAUCUACUGUAUAAGCAUCAGAAUGUUACAGAGUCUAAUAAGGAUAAUUUGGUUGAAACACUACGGGUUUUGCCAGAAAUCUUGGCAUGGGGUGAAAAACACGACAGCAUGGUGCUAGAGUACGUUGAUUUUCUUUAAUGUGUAUGUGUGUAGGCGUUUACUCUUUCUGUUUUAGUUUUUUUAUGGAAAAGAACAUGUUAGCGUUCUUUCUGAGAUAUAUGAAACAAAAGAAUGGACAUUACAUAAGCCUCCAGAUGUUGCAAAGUCUAAAUUUAAUAUUUCAAAACAUCAACAACAACCCCUUUAUAUAUUAUUUAUUAUCAAAUAAUCACGUAAAUUCUAUUAUUUUGCAUAAAUUUGACUUUUCAAAUGAAGAGGUCAUGGCUUAUUAUAUAACUUUCUUGAAAUUGCUUUCCUUUAAAUUAAACGAAAGCACUAUACAUUUCUUCUAUAACGAGCAUGUGAACGAUUUCGCCCUAUACACAGAAGCUAUAAAAUUUUUUAAUCAUUCUGAAAGUAUGGUUAGAAUAACUGUGAGAACUAUAACCCUAAAUGUCUACAGAGCUUGCCAAUAUACAAAGCAAACAGAAUGCGGUCCUAUUAGAGUUCGAGACGUAUCGAUGUUGAAGUAUAUACGAGAAAGAACGGCGUCACCGUAUUUCUCGAAUCUCGUUUGGUAUAUGGGAAGUCAUGCUCUUGAUAUCGAUAUUGCUGUUAGAGAAGACACAGAUCAUAAGAACCGAAAUAUGAUUAACAGUAUGAUUGACGAACACGUGGACUAUUUACUUUAUGUAAAUGAUAUACUUAACUUAAAUAUUGAGGAUUUGAAUUCUAUACUCGAGGAACAAUUACUUGGCAAUAUGCUUUUACCAUUACAUAUAUAUGGUAUUAUUAACAAUGGUCCUCAACCUAAGCUUUGCUCACCUUUAGCCCUCUUUUUAUUGUCUUUAUUUUAUACCUUCGUUCAAAGACCAAAAUUUUUGAGUGUCAUAACUCAAAUCUUAGUUGGAAAAGAUCUUCCACCGGUAUCGUCUUUUGUUCAACCUCCCCUAUUACAGGAUACUUUGUCGCAUGGCUCCUCAUCGACGUCAUCAGUAGUUCGUCGAGGAAAUUCGACCUUUUAUGCGGGUUCUUUCUCAUCCGAACCGGAUGAUGAUGAUGAAAUAGAAAGAGCAGUUGAAGGAAAGGCGGAUGAAGAAAGUACGGAUGAUAGUGUUAAAGACGAGGAGAAUAUAACAGACGAGCAAAAGCUCAAAAGAACCUCGGCUCUACUAAAUCAUCGUGUUUUCUUUUCUACAAUAUUGGAGACUUUAAAUUGUACAGAUAACGAUUUCAAUUGUCUGCUAUCACUUAUGCUAUUGCACGGCAUUGCCGAUAAUAUUGAUUCCCUGCAGAUGGAAUUUCAACUAUUACUUCUUGAUAAAUUAGUAUUGGUGGUUAAUAUGUCGUGUGAAAAUGGUUCUCGUUUGAGAUUAAUUACCUUAGAAUUGGCAACUACCCUUAUUCACAAAUUGCAGGAUGCAAUGCAGCCACAUCAAAAGACUGCCCUCCUUACAGCGAAAGAACAAGCUACAUUGAUUUUAGCAAAUUUUUAUCAGGUAUGGGUAAAAAGUGAAGAAAUAUUUAUUGAGAUUUUCGAGGACGAAUUUGUAAAUAUGAAGAAAGUUUCUACUACUGAGGAUGUCAGUAGAGAGGCAGCCGUUCUACUACCGCCAACCGCAACGCCUUUAACUGGUAUUGACUUCAAAUUAAGAUUACCUUGCGGUGAAGUGGAAAGAGCUAGAAGGGCCAUUCGAGUCUUCCUUCUCGUCCGCGAUAUUGUUAAGAAAUUGAAUAAGGAAGAAGAAAUGGAUUUACCAUUAACCAAGAACGACAACAUAGUAAACGAAGGAGAUGUUCUUGAUUUGAACAAUAGCGAUCUAAUAGCGUGCACAAUAACAAAUAAGAAUAAAAAGGAACGUCGAUUUGUGUCGAUUGAUGAAGUGCGAAUGAUCAUUGUAGAACCCGACGGAACAAGAUUAGGGUUUGGUAUUGUUAGAAGUUUCGCUCCUCUUCAACGUCUCGAUGUAACAAGCGACCGUAACGACAACAGAAUACUAUAUGUUAAAAUACCUAAUUCUAAAUUCGAUGUAAAAUUAGAACUAGAUGAUCACAUUCGCUGUAUGGCUGCGAAACAGCGUUUAACCAAAGCAAGAGCACGAGUUAGAUCCUAUAAAAUGGAGUCAAUCGCAAAGUUAAUUGACUACAAAAUACCACAAAAUAAUUUUCCCAUUGGCACAAAACACCCUACACCGUCCAAAAGAUCGGGUAUAGUAAGAAGAGUUAUUGGAAACGCAGACCAAGGUGAGGAGGCAGUGGAAGCAGAUGUACCUAUAGUCUCGAAUCCAUUAACCGUUCCUAUUGCUAAAAUGACUGUAAAAAAAGAGGAUAACGAAUAAUAAACCAUUUUAAAUUAUACACAUACACAAAUUAUCAAUAAAAUUAGUCGAACAAAUGUAUUGAUUUGAAUAGAUGAAUGAGGUUUUUUCUAUUGAAUAAAUUUGUGAAAUGGUUUUCGUAUCCAUUCUACAA